AUGGAUAGAUCUGCCCAACUCUACCUCCUUAUAACAUCACUCUUACUUCUUCAAUGGCUGAUUGAUUAUAGCUCAGCCAAUUCAGAUAUCAAUGCUGAUCGUUCUUCACUUCUUGCCUUCAAAUCUCGAAUAUCUUUAGAUCCCCAUAAUAUAUUGCCCCAAAGUUGGAGAAAUGAGAGCAAUAUCUGUAGUUGGAUGGGAGUUACUUGUGAUUCUCGCUAUCACAGAGUGACUCAGUUGAAUAUAUCUUCCAUGGGCCUUGUUGGAACCAUUCCACCAGAAAUCGGAAAUCUUUCUUUUCUCGUUUCUUUAGAUUUGAGCAAUAACUCUUUUCAUGGUCCUAUCCCCGCAUCUAUUUUCAACAUGUCAUUUUUAGAAGUUUUGAAUUUGAGGAAGAAUAGUUUGUCUAGUAGUCUACCGUUUGAUAUGUGCAAACACAAUCUGCAUAAACUCAAGAGACUUCGUUUUUCUUACAACAACUUGUUUGGGGAAAUACCAUCGAGUUUGGAGCAUUGUUCACUGCUUGACUAUGUUUCUUUGAUCAACAACAACUUCAGUGGACAAGUGCCAACACAAAUUGGGAACUUGACAUUGCUUCAAGAACUAUACUUGGGUGCCAACAAUUUUAGUGGUAAUAUUCCAAAAGAGAUCGGUGCUCUUACAAAUUUACAAACUUUGGAUAUGAGUGUGAACAACUUUAGUGGCUACGUGCCAAGAGAAAUUGGGAACUUGAAAAUGCUUCAAUUGUUGGAUCUUCAUAACAACGAAUUAUGUGGUAAUAUUCCAAAGGAGAUUGGUUAUCUUACUAACUUAGUUAGCUUGGGCAUGAGUACCAACAAUUUGUCAGGCCCUUUACCUGCAACGAUGUCCGACAUGACUUCGUUGGAGUUUCUUGGUGUCGCGGUGAAUCAUCUGAGUGGAUCAUUACCAAGAAAUAUCGGAAACAUGACAUCCCUUUGGACAAUUAGCCUUGCAUACAAUAAUAUAACUGGUGAAAUUCCAAAAGAGAUCGGCAGUCUUACUAAUUUAGAGAUAUUGAGCAUACCUAUCAAUGGAAUUAGUGGUUCGUUGCCAAGAGAAAUUGGUAACUUGACUUCCUUGGUUGAUAUAUACAUGGAUUAUAAUGCUUUAAGUGGUCAUAUACCAAUAGAGAUGGGUCACCUUGUUAAUUUAGAGUACCUAGAGUUGGAACACAAUAAUCUAAUCGGAGCAUUGCCAAAAAAAAUUGUGAACAUGACAUCUCUUAUCUCCUUAUUCCUCAAGUACAAUUCAUUAAGUGUUUCCAUGAGCAUGCUUCAUCCUAUAUUAUAG